AUGGCGAUGGUGGUGCACCAGCCGCACCAGUUGCCCCAGGGGAAGGAGGGUGGCAGUGGCGCAGCCAAGGGGGGGCAUAUGGACUCCGGCAAGUACGUCCGAUACACGGCGGAGCAGGUGGAGGCGCUCGAGCGGGUCUACGCGGAGUGCCCGAAGCCGAGCUCCAUGCGCCGCCAGCAGCUCAUCCGCGAAUGCCCUAUUCUCUCCAACAUCGAGCCCAAGCAGAUCAAGGUCUGGUUCCAGAAUCGCAGGUAUGGACCGAGAUCUUUGCCUUGGAACCAAUGGCAAGAGGCUCCCCUUCCCCUCUUCCUCAUCCUCCUAGAGAGGUCUCCGAGCUCUGCAUUAAUGGCGGAGAGGACAGCUCCGGGAAUCCCUCGAUUAGGGUUAGGGUUUUCCUUCCCUCUGGGCGUCGAUGCUUCAUCGUCCUGUUGACGGGCUUUUCUCCGAACGACAGAUCUCACACCCUACUCUCUCUGUCUAAACCUGUGGUUGGAUCUAGAUGCCGCGAGAAGCAGCGGAAGGAGUCCACCCGCCUGCAGACGGUCAACCGGAAGCUGACCGCCAUGAACAAGCUGCUGAUGGAGGAGAACGACAGGCUGCAGAAGCAGGUCUCCCAUCUGACCUACGAGAACGGCUACAUGCGUCAGCAGCUUCACACUGUGAGCUCCCGCAGCCCCUCGCCAUACCCCUCGGCCCCCCUCUCUCUCUACUGGUCUUCCGAAUCUGUUCGACGGAAUGCCCAACGGGCGCAGUGCCCCUCAUUUAAUGCACAUCGUCAAUACCCUCAGCAGACCUCCGUCGUGACCGCUGAUACGAGCUGCGAGUCGGUGGUGACGAGCGGUCAAAUCCAACGAAACCCAACUCCCCAGCACCCUCAGAGGGAUGCCAGCAACCCGGCGGGGUACUCACUCAACCCUAAAUGCUCAUCUUUCUCCAUGAUCCGACGCCUCAGCUUCCUCUUCUUUUUCUUCUUCUUCUUCCCUGCAUGGAACCAGCCUGCUGGCGAUCGCUGAGGAGACUGCGGCAGAGUUCCUCUCCAAGGCGACUGGAACUGCUGUUGAUUGGGUGCCGAUGCUUGGGAUGAAGGUGGGCGAUCUCCACCAGAUUUUUAUUUCUAUUUUAUUUUUAUUUCCAUAUUAAUCGGGCUGGUUGAUGCGCAGCCUGGUCCGGAUUCUUUAGGAAUCUUCGCUGUUUCUCACAACUGCAGUGGGGUAGCAGCUCGAGCUUGCAGCCUCGUGAGCUUGGAGCCCACCAAGGUGAGAUCUUUCUCCUCGGCAAGAACAGUUCCACGAGAUUGCAGUAGGGUGUAAUCGUUCUUGUUGUUUUUCUCUGUUCUUCUUUCAGGUUGCGGAAAUUCUGAAAGAUCGCCCGUCUUGGUACCGCGACUGCCGCCGCCUCGACGUGCACACUGCAAUCUCCGUCGGGAACGGCGGCUCCAUCGAGCUCCUCCACAUGCAGGUUUCUCUCUCUCUCUCUCUCUCUCUCUCCUCCACAUGCAGGUUAUGUUCCAUUUUGUCCUGCAUUAAUUCCCGGAUCUCUCUCUAUCUCUCUAUCUAUCUAUCUCUAUCUGUUUCUAUGUGUGCCCAGACUUAUUCCCCCACGACGAUCGCCUCUGCUCGUGACUUCUGGACGCUGAGAUACACCACCACCCUGGAAGACGGCGGCCUUGUGGUAGCGGAAAUUAUUAUUUUUAUUGGAUAUUAGUCAAUUUAUGGUGGGAUUAUUUGCUUGGAUAUUAAUUAAUUUUGUGCGGCAGAUCUGCGAGCGAUCGCUGAAUGCUACGACGGGGGGUCCUGCCGGGCCCGUGGCCCCGAGCUUCGUCCGGGCAGAGAUGCUGUCCAGUGGUUAUCUCAUCAGGCCCUGCGAGGGUGGCGGGUCAAUGAUCCAUAUCGUUGACCACGUGGACUUGGAUGUAAGCCGACUCUCAAGUCAACUACCCCGCUGUUGCUUUAUUUUUUCUUAUUUUUUGUGUGGAUUAUCCGUAGGCCUGGAGCGUGCCCGAAGUCCUCCGGCCUCUGUACGAGUCGCCGAAGAUACUGGCUCAGAGGAUGACUGUCGCUGUAGGUUCUCCACUCCGAGGGCGGGGUCAACGCCGGGUGUGUGGUUGACUAAUGGGGGCGCGGGUUCUCUCUGACAGGCACUGCGCCACAUCAGGCAGAUCUCUCUGGAGGCCAGCGGCGAGAUCGUCCAUGGCGGCAGCCGCCAGCCCGCCGUCCUCCGGACUUUCAGCCAGAGACUGAGCAGGGGCUUCAAUGACGCGAUCAGCGGGUUCGCAGAUGACGGCUGGAGCUUGCUGGGGAGCGAAGGCUCCGAAGAUGUGGUGGUCGCCGUCAACACCUCCCCCAGCAAGCUGCUCAGCCCUCAGUUCAACCCCUCAACGGGUUUCCCGGCCUUUGGCGGCGGGAUCCUUUGCGCCAAGGCCUCCAUGCUGCUGCACGUAAAGCUCCGCCAUUACUGACUGACGUCUUCUCCACGAAGCUCGUGCCCUUGAACGGUUUUCUUCCGAAUUGAUUUCAUGUUAUUUUUGUUUAUUUUGAUCCUCAGAAUGUCCCGCCGGCAGUGCUCGUCCGGUUUCUCCGGGAGCACCGGUCGGAGUGGGCGGACUGCGGCGUUGACGCCGCCGCCGCCGCCGCCGCCAUGAAGGCCGGGCCCUUCGCCGUCUCCGCCCCGAGAGCCGGCGGCGGCUUCCAGGGCGGCCAGGUGAUCCUCCCCCUGGCACACACUGUGGAGCAUGAAGAGGUUUCUAAUUCUCACCCCUCCCCUCCUUCCAUGGCAUCACUCUCCUUGCUUUGCUCUCCACUCGUGUGUUGACUUUUUGUUCUGCUCUUCCGAAGUUCUUGGAGGUGGUGAGGCUGGAAAACCAUGGUCUGGAUGCGGACAAUCUGAUCUCUCCGAGGGACAUCUACUUGUUACAGGUGUGGAUCUUGUUUAUUUCUGGGUUGGUGUUGGUAUCAUGGAAGUUGACUUUUUUCCUAUCUCGGAGGAUCUACCAGCUCUGCAGCGGGGUGGACGAGGGCUCAGCGGGUUCUUGCGCGCAGCUGGUCUUCGCCCCCAUCGACGAGUCCUUCGCCGACGACGCGCCGCUGCUUCCCUCGGGCUUCCGGGUCAUCCCCUUGGAUCCCAAAACGGUGCGUUGACCUAGUGUCCCACAUUGUCGGAACCCCGGUUUCCGUGGGGAUCGUCGUCACCGGCGGUGGCUUGCAGGAUGGGCAGGCGGCGGGUCGGACGCUGGACCUGGCGUCGACCUUGGAGACGCGGCCGGGAAGCGGUGGCGUGGCCCGGACCGCCGCCGCCGACGCCGGCGGCGCCUGCAGGUCGGUGCUGACGAUCGCCUUCCAGUUCACCUUCGAGACCCAUCUCCGGGACCAUGUGGCGGCGAUGGCGCGGCAGUACGUGCGGAGCGUGGUCGCCUCGGUGCAGAGGGUCGCCAUGGCCAUCGCCCCCUCCCACCUGCGCAUCGGGCUGAAGUCGCCGGCGGCGGGCUCGCCGGAGGCCCUCACCCUCGCGCAGUGGAUAUGCCGGAGCUACAGGUCUGAUCUGAUCUGAUCUCAUUUGCCAGAAUCUCUUCCUAAUCUUCCUUCCGCAUUCGAUCGCCGCCAUGAACACGUGCUCUCAUUCUAUCGCAGGCUGAGCACCGGGGCGGAGCUUCUCAAGCCUGGUCCCCAGCCCGGCGGCGAUUCCCUGCUCAAGCAGAUCUGGAACCACCCGGACGCCAUCAUCUGCUGCUCCCUGAAGAUCUCUGUAAGCUUCUCUCGUCUUCCUCGGAUGGAUGGAUGGAUCUCCUGUAUGCUGUUAAUCGAGGAUAAUGAUCGGGUGAAUCCUGGGCGAUGGCGGGAGCAGGCGUCUGCUCCAUGCUGCACCUUCGCGAACCAGGCCGGGCUCGACUUGCUGGAGACGACCCUCCUCGCCCUCCAGGACAUCCCCCUCGACCGGAUCCUCGACGAGCCCGGCCAGAAGGCCCUCUACUCUGAAUUCCCCAAGAUCAUGCAGCAGGUAAACCAUCUUCUUCCCUUCUCCCUCUCUGUCUCUGUCUCUUUGUCUUUCUCUCUUUCUUCAAAAGGGGUGGGGGGAUCUAAGGGGUUGACUGACGCAGGGGUUCGCUCAUCUCCCGGGGGGGAUCUGCAACUCGAGCAUGGGGCGGCCGGCGUCGUACGAGCAGGCGGUGGCGUGGAAGGUGGUCAACGAGGAGGACGCUAACCAGUACCUCGCCUUCCUCUUCGCCAACUGGUCUUUCGUCUAG